UUAGCUCGCAAGAUUUAAUUUUAAAAUAAAAGUCGCGUGACUUCCACUUCGUGUCAUCUCUUGGUGUGAAGUGCUUAGAUAACCUUGAGUGUUGAGGUUUUAGUUCUUCUUCGCCCUUCACUGACAGCUGACUGCACGUGGUAAACACAUCUUCAAUAAAAUGCGGACAUCCAAUAAAUUGGGUGGAACUUCAGGUAUAAUAACUGACGAAGAGAAUUCUAUAUUACUGUCAUUGAUGGGAGCUGGUUGUAAGUCAUUAGCUGCUGCUGUGGUACAGUACUACCAAGGUGAAUGGAUUUGGAGGCUUAAGGACUGUGGUGUUGCAUGUUGUAUCAAGGACACAAAUUAUGAGGAUUAUUUCAUCCGAAUAUACUGUGUGGAAAGGAAAAUUCUCCUCUUCGAGCAAAGGUUAUUUUUGGAAAUGGAUUAUACUGAGGAAACGAGACGCUUUCACGCAUUUCAAUCAAGUGAAGGACCAUUUGGACUUGCUUUCGCGUCUCUUUUAGAAGCCAAACAUUUCUUACGUAAAAUAAAUGGUUGCUUAAGAUCUAUGCGUGCAACUGUUGAUGAAGAGUUUUCAUCUAAUCUUCAUGCCAUUGGUUCCCACGCAGUUUUACAAGACGGUAUCUGUAAUUUAAAUCAGACAGAAUUAUCUGACCAAGGACUUAUGUCAAUAAGGAACAAAAAAAAGUCUAAAAGAAAAAAGAAGCUUACAUCAAAAGAUACCAGUAAUCCUUCAGAUUUUCGUCAUAUUGAACAUGUUGGUCAUGAUAGAGAACCAAAGAUAUUUGAUAUUCCUUCACAAGAAAGCGCAAUUAUACGCAACAAACUACGUGCUAUUGGACGUGAAGAUGCAAUGAAUGUACCGAGCGAACAAACGUUUGUCUACAAUAUUGCACGUGAACAUGGUGGUUUGCUAGAGAUGCAGCGGCCACUGAUCGGUUGUCGGGGAUAGGUGUAAUAUGCUAACUAGCCGUGUCCCUUCUCCAAGAGCUCCACCUCCGCCGUCCUCAGUACCUCGUCGACAAAACCUUGGUUCUGUUACACCUUCCCAGUCGACUACUAUACACCAUCGGUCCCUCAAGUAGCUACUAAGCUAGUCGCACCACCGCCACGAACCCUCUAUGAAGUCGCUGAUCGCACGCCACCAGCACCCGUACUUGUAUUCUCCAGUCCUGUAGCUGCCUUCCACGUUAUGCCGUUCCUCCUCCUCCAGCAUGUCCUACCUUUGAGGUUGAUAAAGAAAAGGCAUCAAAUGCUCCUCCAAAGUCUACCACAGAACUUACUGUUGAUCUUCAGUUAUAAAUUAUGUCCUUUCAAAAAAUCAACCUGUGUAAGCCUUCAUGAAAACCGUUUUACGGUCAGUGUUUACCACCAGUAUUAGAUUAACAUACCAUCAUCCCUUAUU